UACUUAUACAUAUAUGUAUAUAUAUACUUAUAGCUAAAAGGGGCAGCAUCUGUCCCAUACUUGAUCACUAUCUAUAAGUCGAAUGCAUUCUCCCGUACUUUCCGUUCUUGCGAGCGCUAGCUUUGCUGCCGUUUAGGCCACCGGGAAGUCGGAUUCUUAACUUUAAUUCAAACUUCUGUAGCAGAUAUCACAAUGGCAGCGAAUGCCUUGUGGACGUCAAAGCAAAACAAGCAAUUCGAGAAGGCCCUAGCUGUGUACGAUAAAGACACACCGGACCGUUGGCAGAAUGUCGCAAAGGCAGUUGGAGGGAAGUCAGUGGAGGAAGUGAAGAGGCACUAUGAGAUACUCGUCGAGGAUCUCAAGCAUAUCGAGUCUGGCAAUGUCCCGUUUCCAGAUUACAUAAAUGAAUGGGAAUAGCUACUGGUAUUAGGCAAAUUAUAUGUAAUAAAUGACCUAAAGACAUCGUCGAAAAUUUAAAUUCAUAAUCUCUCGGUCACGAGUACACCACCAUGUCAUCCUUACGCCC